AAAAAAAAAAAAACCGAUCUUAGCUGAACAUCAUAGUCGUUGAUAAGCGAAAAUAUAAUAAUAAAAUGAGUUUCCGAAUCGUUAAAAGUAGGAAUAAUUUCCAAAAUGCAAUAAGCGUAUUCAGACAAUUGGACGGUCGUCACAUGUCCACACAAGUGGCAUCGCAACCCAAACGUAACAACGGGAAAAAUAUAGUAAUUGUUGAUGGUGUGCGAACUCCCUUCUUGCAAUCCGGAACGGCUUAUGCGAAUUUGAUGCCACAUGAGCUAGCAAGACACUCGCUGCUCUCGCUUCUGCAAAAGAAUUCCAUUGACAAGGAUCUAAUUGACUAUAUAGUCUAUGGCACUGUUAUACAGGAAGUUAAGACAUCAAACAUAGCACGAGAAGCAGCUCUGUCUGCUGGAUUCAGCGAUAAGACGCCAGCACAUACUGUUACAAUGGCUUGCAUUAGCUCCAAUGCGGCUAUAACUACAGGAAUGGGACUUAUUGCCACUAAUACUUACGAUGUCAUCGUUGCUGGUGGCGUUGAGUUUAUGUCUGAUGUACCAAUUCGCCAUUCACGUAAGAUGAGAGCACUUAUGCUAAAAGCUAACAAGGCAAAAACUUUGGGUCAACGGCUCGGUCUUUUGUCUACAUUUAAACCAUCCUUUUUGGCCCCAGAACUGCCGGCAGUUGCGGAAUUUUCAUCAGGGGAAACAAUGGGACACUCGGCUGACAGGUUGGCCUCGGCGUUUAAUGUAACACGCAAGGAACAGGAUGACUAUGCCUUAAGAUCUCAUACACUGGCGAAGCAGGCUCAGGAUAAUGGCUAUUUUACCGAUAUGGUGCCCUUCAAAGUUCAAGGCAUUGAUAAAGUAGUCGACAAGGAUAAUGGCAUACGUGUCUCUACACCUGAAAGCCUAUCAAAGUUGCGCCCCGCUUUUGUGAAGCCCUAUGGCACAAUUACAGCCGCCAAUGCUUCAUUUCUGUCUGAUGGUGCUUCAGCUUGCAUUAUCAUGACGGAGGAAAAGGCAAAGCAGCUGGGUCUUAAGCCCAAAGCAUAUUUACGAGAUUUUCUGUAUGUGUCCCAAGAUCCAAUUAAUCAACUGCUUCUGGGUCCCGCUUACGGCAUACCCAAACUUUUAAAAAAAGCUGGGCUUACAUUGAACGAUAUUGACUCUUGGGAGAUACAUGAAGCUUUUGCUGGUCAGAUUGUUGCCAACUUGAAAGCCUUGGAUUCAGAGUGGUUCUGCAAAACGUAUUUGGGCCUGAGAGAAAAGGUUGGCAGUCCAGACCUAAGCAAAUGGAACAAUUGGGGUGGAUCCCUUUCAAUUGGCCAUCCGUUUGCCGCCACGGGUGUGCGGCUCUGCAUGCACACCGCCAAUAGAUUGGUGCGCGAGGAUGGAAAGCUUGGUGUUGUUGCUGCAUGUGCCGCGGGCGGACAAGGUGUAGCUAUGCUCAUAGAACGUUAUCCAGGUGCUACAGCAGACUAAAAAAUUUAAAAAACUUUUUAUAAACUUUUACAUAAACUU